UGCAAACGGCGCUGACUCUGGGGCUGCGCGAGCCUCAUCAUCAUCAUCAUCAUCAUCAUCAUCACUACCACCACAACCACCGCAACGGCAGCGUAGACAGCCGACCGAGCAACCGGGCACUUCAACGAUUCGAGGAGCCGGGCGCCAUGGCGGGCCCCCGUUAAAACCAGACCCACAUUUAUCCUCUUUGUUCUCCCUCGACGCCCAGUCUUUACGCGCCUCCGCCGAGGAGGGGCCGCUGGAGAAGCUCUCCCUUUCGGAGCGGAGGAGGAGAAGGAGGAGGUAGGAGCAGCAGCGGCGGCGGCGGCGGCGGUUGAACCGGGGAGGUGUUUUCUACGGUACGGGCUGAAUGGCGGACCGAGAGGCGUCGCCGAUACCGUUGGAGAUCCGAGCCCGGCUGGCGGAGCUGGAGCUGGAACUGUCAGAAGGGGACAUCACUCAGAAGGGUUAUGAGAAGAAGAGGUCCAAGCUGAUCAGGGCAUAUGUUCCUCAUGCUGGAGGUAUGGAGGGGCCCAUGUCCCACCGGGCCCCGCUCGGCCCUCCAUCAGCUGCCCGUUUCCACCGGCGGCGAACCUCCGGUACAAGAGACGAGCGCUACCGAUCAGAUGUCCACACCGAGGCAGUGCAGGCCGUGUUGGCACGACACGUGGAGAGGAAGGUGGCAGUGCCCAUGCCGUCCAAAAGACGCUCACUGGUGGUGCAGACCUCCAUGGAUGCAUACACACCUCCAGGCCUGUCCCCCCUGUGCUCAGACUCGUCGUCGGGCUCGGAGGAGGAGGCGGGGCCAGGUGACGACAUGUCGGGCAUGGAGCACUGGAUGAGCCGCCCUUCACAGUUAGGCCCCGCCCACCUGGGCUCCACCUCCUCCUCGUCCUCGUCCACGCAGAGCGGAGGCAGCGGGAACGCCGGGCGGCUGGCUGACUCGCUGGCACACACACACCUGUCGCACCUGGCGCACACACACCUGGCGCACACACACCUGGGCCAGUCGCACCACCAGCAGAGCCUCUUGUCCCAGUCGCACCAUGGUAUUGGACACCUUUCUCUGAAGAGGAAGGGCGCUCUGAGUGUUGCAGAAAAUGGAGGAUCUCUGCGACGAUCCUGUGAGUUUGGAUCCGACAUGCUGUGGCCACCUCCGCUGGAGUCAGAUGAGAAUCACUCAGCUCCCCCGGAUGUGACGGGCUACUCGUCGGACUCAUCCCACUCCCACACUGAGCGUCACCACAUGGCCAACAUGGGAACCAUCGCCAGGAACACACAGAAGUAUGGAAAUGCAGAGCGCAUGGAGACGGGUGAUGGUGUACCAGUCAGCAGUCGUGUGUCGGCUAAGAUUCAGCAGCUUGUGAACACGCUGAAGCAGCCUCGCAGACCUCCACUACGGGAGUUCUUUGUUGAUGACUUUGAUGAACUUCUAGAAGUCCAGCAGCCAGACCCCAACCAGCCGCGGCCGGAGGGGGCUGAGAUGCUGCUGGUGCGAGGCGAGGCUCUGGGGGUGGUCACAAACUGGCCCCCUUCCCUGGAAGCGGCGCUCCAACGCUGGGGAACCAUUUCCCCUAAAGCCCCUUGCCUCACCAGCCUGGACACAGCAGGGAAGCCCCUCUACGUCCUCACAUACGGAAAGCUGUGGUCUCGCAGCAUCAAACUGGCCUACAACAUCCUCCACAAACUGGGCAGCAAACAGGAGCCCAUGGUGCGACCGGGUGAUCGGGUGGCGCUGGUGUUUCCCAACAACGACCCUGUGGCGUUCAUGGUGGCCUUCUACGGCUGUCUGCUUGCCGAGGUGGUCCCCGUUCCCAUAGAGGUCCCCCUUAGCCGGAAGGAUGCCGGCAGCCAACAGAUUGGCUUCCUGUUGGGCAGCUGUGGCGUUACCGUGGCACUGACCAGCGAUGCCUGUCAUAAAGGUCUGCCCAAGAGCGCAACAGGAGAGAUCCCACAGUUCAAAGGUUGGCCCAAGUUGUUGUGGUUUGUAACAGAGUCGAAGCACCUUUCCAAACCUCCCCGAGACUGGUUUCCCCACAUUAAAGAUGCAAACAACGACACUGCGUACAUAGAGUAUAAAACCUGUAAGGACGGCAGUGUGUUGGGAGUCACGGUGACAAGGAUCGCGCUGCUCACACACUGCCAGGCCCUCACACAGUCCUGCAGCUACACUGAGGCUGAGACCAUUGUGAACGUCUUAGACUUUAAGAAGGACGUUGGCCUGUGGCACGGCAUCCUGACGAGUGUGAUGAACAUGAUGCAUGUGAUCAGCGUGCCGUACUCGCUCAUGAAGGUCAACCCUCUGUCGUGGAUCCAGAAAGUCUGCCAGUACAAAGCUAAAGUGGCCUGUGUGAAGUCCAGAGACAUGCACUGGGCACUGGUGGCCCACAAAGACCAGAAGGAUAUCAACCUGAGCUCACUGCGCAUGCUGCUGGUGGCCGACGGAUCAAACCCCUGGUCUAUCUCGUCCUGCGAUGCCUUCCUCAAUGUAUUUCAGACUAAAGGUCUGAGAGGUGAGGUCAUCUGUCCCUGCGCCAGCUCCCCUGAGGCCCUGACAGUCGCCAUCAGGCGGCCAGUCGAGGACAGCAGCCAGCCUCCGGGCCGAGGCGUCCUGUCCAUGCAGGGUCUGACCUAUGGGGUCGUGCGGGUUGACACAGAAGAACGUCUGUCUGUGCUCACUGUGCAGGACGUGGGCACCGUCACACCAGGAGGUCUGGUCUGUGUGGUGAAGCCUGAAGGCGUCCCUCAGCUCUGUCAGACUGAUGAGAUCGGUGAGUUCUGCGUCUGCUCCAUCGCCACCGGAACCUCCUACUAUGGCCUCACCGGCAUGACCAAGAACACCUUUGAGGUUUACCCCGUGAGCUCCACCGGAGCGCUGAUCAGCGAGUACGCCUUUGUGAGGACCGGACUCCUUGGCUUCAUCGGCCCUGGUGGCCUCGUCUUCAUCACCGGCAAGAUGGAUGGACUCAUCAUGGUGAGCGGGCGCAGACACAACGCCGACGAUAUUGUUGCCACAGCACUGGCAGUGGAGCCGAUGAAAUUCGUCUACAGGGGAAGGAUAGCUGUGUUUUCUGUGACGGUACUAAGGGAUGAGAGGAUCGUGGUGGUGGCUGAGCAGAGACCCGACUCCACAGAGGAGGACAGCUUCCAGUGGAUGAGCCGCGUCCUCCAGGCCAUAGACAGUAUCCACGGAGUUGGCGUCUUCUGCCUGGCUCUGGUCCCGGCCAACACCCUUCCCAAGACUCCUCUGGGCGGCAUCCACCUGUCAGAGAUCAAACAGCUGUACCUGGAGGGGGGGCUGCACCCGUGCAAUGUCCUCAUGUGCCCCCACACUUGUGUUACCAACCUGCCCAAACCGCGGCAGAAACAGCCAGAGAUCGGACCUGCCUCGGUGAUGGUGGGCAAUCUGGUGUCAGGGAAGAGGAUCGCUCAGGCCAGUGGCAGAGAUCUGGGACAGACCGACGACAACGACCAGUUCCUGUUCCUGUCAGAGGUUUUGCAGUGGAGGGCCCAGACCACACCAGACCACGUCCUUUACACACUGCUCAGCUCCCGGGGGGCGGUGUCCAACUCCCUCACCUGCCUGCAGCUGCAUAAGAGAGCAGAGCGGGUGUCUGCUCUGCUGAUGGAGAGAGGAGGUCUGCAGGAAGGAGAUCACGUCGCUCUGGUCUACCCACCAGGUAUCGACCUGAUCGCAGCCUUCUACGGCUGCCUGUACGCUGGCUGCGUUCCUAUAACAGUGAGACCACCUCACCCUCAGAACAUCUCCACCACGCUGCCCACUGUCAAGAUGAUCGUUGAGGUGAGUCAUUCAGCCUGUGUGAUGACCACAGCCGUCAUCUGUAAGCUGCUGCGCUCCAAGGAGGCCAUGGCCACAGUGGACAUCAGGAACUGGCCGCCGGUCCUGGACACUGAUGACCUGCCAAAGAAGAAGCCUCCAGCCCUGUAUAAGCCCACCAACCCUGAUGGCCUGGCCUAUCUGGACUUCAGCGUGUCAACAACCGGCAUGUUGGCCGGAGUUCAGAUGUCCCAUAAUGCCGUUGGAGCCUUCUGCCGGUCAGUGAAGCUGCAGUGUGAGCUGUACCCGUCCAGAGAAGUGGCCAUCUGUCUGGAUCCAUACUGCGGCCUCGGCUUUGUCCUCUGGUGUCUCUGCAGCGUGUAUUCAGGCCAUCAGUCCAUUCUGAUUCCCCCGGUGGAACUGGAGUCCAACCCGGCGCUGUGGCUGCUGGCCGUCAGCCAGCUGAGGGUGCGAGACACCUUCUGCUCCUACAGCGUCAUGGAGCUCUGCACCAAAGGACUCGGCCUGCAGACCGAAGCACUCAAGGCUCGGGGUCUGGAUCUGUCCCGGGUUCGAGCCUGUGUCGUGGUGGCGGAGGAGAGGCCCAGGAUGUCGCUCACACACUCCUUCUCCAAACUCUUCAAAGACCUCGGCCUUCACCCUCGAUCAGUCAGCACGGCGUUCGGCUGCAGAGUCAACCUGGCCAUCUGUCUGCAGGGCACUUCAGGACCCGACCCCACUACUGUGUAUGUCGACAUGAGAGCGCUGCGACACGACAGAGUUCGACUGGUGGAGAGAGGUUCUCCUCACAGUCUGCCAUUAAUGGAGUCUGGAAAGAUCCUGCCCGGAGUCCGCAUUAUCAUUGCCAACCCGGAAACCAAAGGCCCACUGGGAGACUCGCACCUUGGGGAGAUCUGGGUGCACAGUGCUCAUAACGGCAGCGGUUACUACAGCGGUUAUGGCGAGGAGGUUCUUCAGUCCGAUCACUUUAAUUCCAGGCUCAGUUUUGGAGACACUCAAACGGUUUGGGCCAGGACCGGGUACCUUGGCUUCCUGAGACGCACCGAGCUCACAGAUGCUAACGGAGAGAGACAUGAUGCUCUAUUCGUGGUCGGCGCCCUGGAGGAGGCCAUGGAGCUACGAGGGAUGAGAUACCAUCCCAUCGACAUCGAGACCUCUGUCAUCCGUGCCCACAAGAGCAUCAUGGAGUGUGCCGUCUUCCCGUGGACCAACCUGCUGGUGGUCGUGGUGGAGCUGGAGGGCUCAGAGCAGGAGGCCCUGGACCUGGUUCCCAUGGUGACCAAGGCAGUGCUCGAGGAGCACUACCUGAUCGUGGGCGUGGUCGUAGUGACCGACAUUGGCGUCAUCCCCAUCAAUUCACGCGGCGAGAAGCAGCGCAUGCACCUGCGUGACGGCUUCUUACAAGACCAGCUAGACCCCAUCUAUGUGGCCUACAACAUGUAGCCUGUGUGUGUGUGUGUGUGUGUGUGUGUGUGUGUGUGUGUGUGUGUGUGUGAGUGUAUGUGAGAGAGAGAGAGGGUGAGCGAGCAUGCGUUUGUAUGCCGUGCAUAUUGCCGUUGUUGUUCCUUUAUUUCCCAAAAUCAGGAUGUACUGUAUUUUUGAACCUGCGUAUGGUGUGGUCUUAAAUCGUCUGUUUUCUUUAAAGUCGUGCUGUGCCGAUUGAUUGGCUGAUUGAUUGACUGACUGAUUGAUUGCUCAGUGGUGGUGAUAUGACCAUUUUGCACCCCUUUUAAUCUCAUGACCGUAACAGGGCAUCGUCGCUGUAGAAAGCCUUAGGGGAACACUGUGCACAGGCCGAGCGCCUGUCGUUUUUCAGAGGUUAAGAGGUAAAAGUAGAGAAAAAACACUAGAGACUGUGUGUCAUCAUCAUUUUACUGGUCGAAUCCAAAUUCCCAGAUUUGUGGUAUUAUUUCAGUUAGAGCAGGGGCCGCCAGAUUAUUGUAAAAAUAUAAAUAUUGUACAUAGACAUAAUAAUCUAUAUGGAGAGGAACCUAAAACACAAUGAGGUGUAGUAGCCCCUAUAUGCAGCUCUCUCCACCCGCACCCUGUGUGUCUGCAGAGUGUGUUCAUCUGUCUGUGCUUAUGUGUGACAGGGACAUUUUGUGUCAUUUUAAUGCGAUUUUUUAAAACAGAUUUUAUCCUGAUCAAAUAAGAGUCUUAGAUGUGUUUAAUCUGCAGACAGAAACUCAAUAAAACCUCCAUAUCAAUUCAGUGGAAAAAAAAAAAACAACAAUGCAUAUUCUCUGAAUUCUCUGCUUUAGUUUUAAAAAGCCAGAGAAUUUUAAAAAAAAAAGCCUUUUUCUUGUGAUAUUUGUGACUUUUGAUCCAUUUUAAGGCAAAACACUAAGGCUCAAAAAGGUGCCAAUAUGAUUUAGAGCUUGUAAAGUGAACGUCUGGGAGAAUUUCAGUUGUAGAAAGAGGACAAAAGUCUAGAUUUAUUGACUGUGAAUUUACACAGAAAACAGAGAAAUAUGCAUUUGUGUGUGAGUGAAGCAGAAAACGGUGUGUGCUUUCUGUUUAUAGUCAAAGCAUUUAAAGCUUCCACACUGUGUAGCAAAGACCAAAUAAGUACAAUUAAAGUUCUCCCCAACAGGAUUUUUUUUCUAUACAGAAACAAAGAAACAGCAUGUUUUUAUCUCAGUAUAAGAAACUAAUUUCUUUGAUAACAGGUUAAUUUAUCUUGUUAAUGUAUCUCAAAAGAACAAAUAUUCAAGCACUUCUUGACUUUAGAUUUAAUAAAAGAACAUUUUCUAAGUGUAGAAAAUAAAGUGCACAUCUAUGUCUUGAAUUACUGUUGAGUUCUGAUCCUUCCUGAGACGCUGAAGGAAUAAACCAGACAUAUUUUUGACGCCUCGUAAAUGUCUUUGUGAUCUUGACAAAACAGGACAUUUUCUGUAGAUCAGUUAACUCCCUAUGUUGAGAACUAGGCCUUUUGUUUUCUUGAUAUAACAAGAAAAAUGAACUUUAUUAUCUCCAGAUGAGAUGAAUAAAUAAUGUAAUCUUGUGAUAAAUACUUCCAAACACGCUAAGAAAUCAUUUUACAAACUCUGAAUCUUUUUGACCUUUAUUUGGGCCAAUUAGAAUACAUGUGCAAUGUGCAAUACCCAUCAGUUCAGUUCAUUUAAUGCUUCCAAACAGCUAAAUAUCAGCAUCUUUCUCAGUUAAUUUGUAUUUUAACCUGUGAAAAACUGUCAGAUCAUCUUUUUUCCAUGAAGCAGAGUGCACUGUGUGGAUGUAAAAAGAGGGAAUAUUAGUGUUGAAAGGGAAUCCAAGGAUGCGAAAGAGAAUUGAAGAUAAAAAA